UGUUUGAGUGAUAUCAUGUCGUGUCAUUACUUUGUUGUCCUAUAUUAUCAUUCUACCAUCCUCAUGUCUUAUUUGUUACUUCUCCAGAAUGCUCUAACUGAUCCUCAACGUGUGCGCACUCCUGCUGUCACAGAAUACUGGAAGCCGUUGGCUGAAGAUAUGGACUUAACUGCUGGAAUAGAAGCAGAAUAUCAUCACAAAAAUAAUCGGGUUUAUUGCUGGAAAGGACUCCGAUUUUCUGCUCGACAGGACUUGGACGGGUUUUCUAGGUUUACUGAAUAUGGUAUUGAAGGGGUUGUGCCUCUUGAACUUUUGCCACCGGAUGUGCGGUCCAAAUAUCAAGCUAAACCAACUGAGAGGUCUAAACGUGCUAAAAAGGAAGAAACGAAAGGUGCUGCACAUCAAGGAGACGAAAAUCAGAUUGCGACACCUGCAAGUGAGAUUGAUGGUGAAGGAAGCAGAGUUGAUCUUGAAGCGUCAGCAGCACCAAUGGAUACUGAUGCUGCAAUGACAAGUGGCAAUAUGUCACAGGGUGGAACUCCAACUCAAGAUGAACAACACAAGCAAAGCUCUGAUACAACGACAGAUGGUGGUCAGGAGGAGCCUGGCCAGAUAGAAGCAGAUGCCGAACAAGCAGAAGCAGAGGCAGAGGCAGGGAUGAUAGAUGGAGAGAUUGAUGCAGAGGUUGAUUUAGAUGCAGUAGGCUAAGACUCUGCGGAAAAAGUGGCUGUUGAUACUAAUUGCGAAUUUUUCCUUGAUUAUGAAGGUUUAACCUUACUGUAAUUGCCUUGUACAAAGAACAUCCUGCAGAGUUCUGGGUCAUAUUCUCCUUUUCCUUAUACAUAAGCAGUCCAUCUUCUUGUAGUGUGUUUAACACAAGGUGGUGGCUGAAUGUGUAUUGAGGACCAACUACUAAUAGAGGAUGCAAUUUAAUAGUAAAAAAGUUGUUUGUUGUGUUGAGAUAUUAAAAUUUAGAAAGAUUGGAUAGAGGGUUGAAAAAAUUCGCAGAUUGGGAUUGUAUGUGUUCGGUUUCAAUUUUUUAUAUUCAAAUUUUU